AUGGCGCCCAUCCUCUUAGAAACCACCCCACUGAAUGUACUACCCCAUUCAGGGCCUCUUACUGUUCAGCAGAACAUACAGUCAGAUUCGACAGUGGAUCUGUUACUUUCUGAGCGCCCUCAGUCGCUCAUACAACUCGUCGAGAUCUUCAACGCCCCCACAACGGUGAAGAAUGAGCAUCCUGACAUUCAGCUUCAGCGCCUGUUGCAACUAGCCUGGGUAAUUACAAUGCGUGCAUUUACUGCCUCGACGACGAUCCAUGUCGGUGAGCAGUACGCCAAAGGACGUUGUUUUGUCGGCGUGGCAAACGACACCGCUGGGCCAACGACACAGAUUCACAUCGACACGCAAGACGCCGUGCAGGAUCUCUUCAGUCAGGUCGUGAAUGGGUUGGAAGCACUCGUAGAUGAGUCAUGCGUCAACGGUGUGCAUGGCAAGGAUGGGCAAGACACUCACUACAAUACGACGUUCGUCUAUCAGCGACAGCCCGCGAAUGCACUGGGCCCAGAUCAAAGACCCUGCAUGGGCCGAUGCCAUGUUUGUUGUCCCAUGCCAAUGAACGAUCCACUCGAGCCAGAAGCCUCCCGGGAAGGGCUGCGUCUCUUUGUCAGACACACACCAGACGACCGCCUACAUGCACAGCUCGAUGUGGGUAUGUCUCGAAUCAGCGCCCCUCUGGCGACCAGCCUGCUCCACAGCUUCAACCAAGCCCUGUCUUCAAUAGGCGUGGUGUCCACGCAGACCAUCGGUGCUGUGGAUCUGUGCGGGUCAAAUGACCGCGAUCAGAUUGCGAACUUUACGCGCUCACUUGCACCCUCCCAGGAUGCUCUGUUGCAUGAUCUUUGCCUGCGUCACGUAGUGACAACUCCCGACGCACCGGCAGUGCGAUCAUGGGAUGGCGACCUCACCUAUCGUGAGCUCAGUGAUCGGUCGUCACGAUUGGCACAUUGGCUCGUGAGACACGGUGUUCGACCGGGUACCUUUGUCGCUUGCACUUUCUACAAGUCGACCUGGGCAAUCGUGGCACGUCUCGCAAUCCUCAUGGCUGGGGGUGCAUACAUCUGCGUCGAUGCCAGUGACCCGCCUCCGUAUCUGGCGUCCGUCCUGGCACGAACGCAGAUAAAGAUUAUGCUGACAUCAACUGGCUAUGCGGCGAAGUAUGCUGACCUCGUUGAUCUCGUUUUCGAGGUCAGCGAGGCGUCGCUCGGCGAACUGCCUUCGUUGUCCGGAGUCCCAUGCCCCGUUGUGAGACCGAGUGAUGCCUGUGUGGUGCUGUUCACUUCUGGGAGUACCGGCAAGCCAAAGGGCAUCAUCCAAGAGCAUCGAAGCUAUGCGUCUGCCUUGAUCGACUAUAUUCGUGUCAUGGAGAUGGGGCCCCAUUCUCGACUUUUCCAAUUUGAUGCGUAUGCCUUUGACAUCAGUAAUAAUGACUUCCUUGCUCCGCUUCUGGCUGGCGGUUGCUGCUGUGUGCCCACAGCUUCACUCACCAUGGACGCUUUAAUGAAAGAUGUGAACGAUUUGGAAGCCAACAUGAUGUUUGCAACUCCCUCUGUUGCGAUUGAGAUUGACCCCGACCGUGUUCCUACAUUGGAAACAAUGUGCAUUGGUGGCGAGCCUGUGUCGGAUGCAGUAUUAGCCCGGUGGUUGACCCGCGUGAAGGUGGUCAACCAGUAUGGUAUGGGCGAAGUGGCGUCCCUCUGUGCCCACAACCCUAAUCUUCAAAUGGGCCAUGGCUCGGUGGUUGGGCGGCCCGCUAGUGGUGCGAUCUGGAUUGUGAAUCAGGAUCAUCCUGACCUCCUGAUGCCUGUCGGAGCGGUGGGAGAAUUGCUCGUGGAAGGCCCGCAUAUCUCUCGUGGCUAUCUUGAUCAUGUAUCUGGAAAAUCGGAGAAUUUCCUCACGACACCUCCAAUCUGGAUGAGACAGCUUCAUGCCGAUCGACCAUCGCAUCGAUUCUAUCGGUCGGGGGAUCUCGGCCGAUAUCGCCAUGAUGGAACGAUCGAGCUGAUCGGACGGAAAGAUACCAUGCUGAAGCUCGAUGGAGCGCGAGUUGAAGCCGGCCAAGUCGAGUAUGUACUCCGACAGCAUCUUUCCAUCGGCGAUGCUGCAGUGGUAGACGUGUUGGGUGCUGCAGAUGGUGUUGGGGAUCCAAUCUUGGGGGUGUAUCUGUAUCUGGCGAGCAAUCCGAUGAACUUGGAGACCGGACCGGUAGAGGAGAUGCAGUUUCGACCGAUCACGGGGCGCCAUGCCAUCUAUGCACUCACCCAGACCCUGAGUGAAGCAGUCCGGCAAAGUCUGCCGACCUACUAUGUGCCCAGUCUCUUUCUGCUGGUCGACCGCGUCCCACGAACCAAGUCGAAAAAGACGGACCGUCGCAAGCUCCACGUGCUCGGGCAGGCGUAUUACAUGGCGCAUCGAGAAGAGCUCAGGGAAAUCACCGUGUGGCCCGAGUGGGACUAA